AUGCGGUUAUUAUUUAUAGGAGUUUUCUUCAUUCAAUGUGCCUUCGCAGCGGCCGGGACAGUGGCCAUUGGCAAUCUCGCUGUCGCCUUUCAGGGAAAAGGCUAUCAAUCAACCCCGGAAAAGCCGUUGAAAGGCCCGAUGAACGAUUUGUGGUGUCAAGCGUCGGACAACGGAGAGCACAAAGAGAUCGCAAAUGCGCGUUUCGUUCGCGUCCACGAUCGGAAACACUUUGAGGCUCAUAUCGAUGAUGACUCAAAAAAAGCGAUUCUGAUCUUUGGCAAUGUUCCCGUUACAGAGGCGGCCAAGUAUCGCUGCGAGAUUACGACAUCCGACGGGGAUCACGUCUUCGGGAACAUGUUUGCUUAUUCUCAUCCGGUCAUUCACACGAAUACCUCAUGGGGAGUUUACAAGCCAGAUGACAAUCAAGAGAACGAGCUAGUCGCCAAGCAGGCUAUUUACACGGAUUUGGAUGCCUCUGCUCAAUUCGAUUGCCCGGUUGUCGGCUAUCCGCAUCCGAAUGUCGUCUGGUAUAAAGACGGAUUACCCAUUGAUGCGGGUUUAAAAUACGUGAUGCGUCAUCGCGGCAAGCAACUCACCGUUAAGAACAUUACGGAAGCGGAUAUUGGCGUUUAUCGGUGUCGGGCCUACAACACGUUUGCUUCGAUCGUUGAUGGAGCGGAGAGUGAUCAUGAAGUCACAUUGGACAUCUCACUACAGUUGAACAGCCGAUUCGGUUGGUUGUAUCCAUUGAUCUUGAUCAUCAUCAUUCUCCUACUGUUAUUCAUCAUCAUUUACUCGUGUAAAGCUUAUGGGAAAUGGAAAUCCGAUCAGUACAACGUCGCGAAACGAGAAAAACAAUACCGUGUGGAUGAGGAAAAGAAAAUGGUUGACGAAGCG